CUUCCUUUCCCGGGCUGUGGCCACGCGCGGCGGUUCCGCUUAAUGCUCAAGCCGCCCGGUGGGUCCUCCUCCCCGCCAUUGUAGGAGGCCGCGCCCUGUUCUAAAGUGGUGGUCGGCCAGUGGCGAGAAGUUGGGCCGGUGUCUGAGUGUUGCCUAACAAUUAAGUAUCAUGUCUGACAACGGAGAACUUGAAGACAAGCCCCCAGCGCCACCUGUUCGGAUGAGCAGUACUAUUUUCAGUUCAGGAGGCAAAGACCCAUCGUGUACUAAUCAUAGCUUGAAACCCCUGCCCUCUGUGCCAGAAGAGAAAAAACCUAGGAACAAAAUCAUCUCUAUUUUCUCUGGCACUGAAAAAGGGAGUAGGAGAAAGGAAAAAGAAAGGCCUGAAAUUUCUCCCCCAUCAGACUUUGAACAUACCAUUCAUGUUGGCUUUGAUGCUGUUACUGGAGAAUUCACUGGAAUGCCAGAGCAGUGGGCUCGGCUGCUACAAACCUCAAAUAUCACCAAGUUAGAACAAAAGAAGAACCCUCAGGCUGUAUUAGAUGUGUUGAAAUUCUAUGACUCUAAAGACACAGCAAAACAGAAGUAUCUGAGCUUGUCUGCUACAGACAAAGAUGGCUUCCCCUCAGGAGUGCCUGCACCCAGUGCGAAAGGAUCAGAGCCUUCUACCACAACUGAAGAGGAAGAGGAUGAUGAAGCUGCCCCUCCAGUUAUUGCUCCACGGCCAGAUCAUACAAAAUCAAUUUACACAAGGUCAGUAAUAGAUCCCAUCCCAGCACCAUCUAGUGACUCUGGUGACAAUGCUGCAAAAUCAGGUGAUAAGCAGAAAAAGAAAACAAAAAUGUCAGAUGAAGAGAUCAUGGAAAAGCUAAGAACUAUCGUGAGUAUAGGAGAUCCCAAGAAAAAAUAUACCAGAUAUGAAAAAAUAGGGCAGGGGGCUUCAGGUACCGUUUUCAUUGCCAUAGAUGUGGCAACAGGACAGGAGGUUGCCAUUAAACAGAUAAAUCUUCAGAAGCAGCCCAAGAAGGAGUUAAUUAUCAAUGAGAUUUUGGUAAUGAAGGAACUGAAGAACCCAAACAUAGUCAACUUUCUAGACAGUUACCUUGUUGGAGAUGAACUAUUUGUUGUAAUGGAGUACUUGGCUGGUGGGUCUCUCACAGAUGUGGUUACAGAGACUUGCAUGGAUGAGGCACAGAUUGCUGCUGUUUGCAGAGAAUGUUUGCAGGCACUGGAGUUCCUCCAUGCUAAUCAGGUUAUACACAGAGAUAUUAAAAGUGACAAUGUGCUGCUGGGAAUGGAUGGAUCAGUUAAAUUGACUGACUUUGGAUUUUGUGCUCAGAUUACUCCUGAACAGAGCAAACGUAGUACUAUGGUUGGGACACCUUACUGGAUGGCUCCUGAAGUGGUAACACGGAAGGCCUAUGGCCCAAAAGUAGAUAUCUGGUCCUUGGGCAUCAUGGCUAUUGAAAUGGUUGAAGGAGAACCUCCAUAUCUCAAUGAAAAUCCUUUGCGGGCUUUAUAUUUGAUAGCAACUAAUGGCACCCCAGAGCUGCAGAACCCAGAAAAACUGUCUCCAAUAUUCCGUGACUUUCUAAAUAGUUGUUUGGAAAUGGAUGUAGAGAAAAGAGGGUCUGCCAAAGAACUAUUACAGCACUCUUUCAUGAAACUGGCCAAACCUUUGUCAAGCUUGACGCCACUGAUCCUAGCAGCCAAAGAAGCAAUGAAGAGUAACCGUUAGCAUUGCUGCUGUGGCCUUCAUAAUUUUGUUUUUAUUUUAAAAAAUCUUCAUAAUAUAUAAAUUGUUUUUGUUAGGGGCUGAAAGUCUGCAGAAGUGGGGGAAAAUUCUCUCACCUGGAAUACACACAAGGAAAAAAAUGUGGUGGUGUUAGUGAACUCUUCUAGGAUCCCCGAAGAAGAUGUGGACUGAAUCACUGGCCUUUUCACCUCUGCAGACAACUCGAGCAUGUUUUACUAAGCCUGGGAGUCUCUCUCUCACUCUCUUUUUUUUUUUGGUGAUGAUUUUGCUGUACCGGAUCCCAUUCAUUGUGCUCAGUUGGGCACUUUCAAUACUUGAACAAUUGAUUCAAGCUUUUAGAGGGAGGCAUUACUUUUAAUGUGCUAAUAUUUUUUUUCUUCCCUUCUUUUUGUCAGUCAGCCUUUCAAAAACAUGGCAUGCUCCAAGUUAUUGGAUUAAAGGCAGAUGGCUCGAAAUGUGAAAGUACCUCUGACCCUCUUUUUCUUAAGUACAGUUUAGGUAUAGCUGUGUUGUAGCAUUAACCACCCAGCUACUUAAGAACCAUAAUAUUUCAUUGACUUUGCUUAAAAACAGAAGAACAUGGGCAGAGAGGGAAGGAAAAGAUUCAGCAAAGUUGUUGCAUGGACUUCUUAACCCAAGGGAAAGAUUCCUCUGAAUUUUGAAGAUGGAAUGUGAAUGUGGGGAAAAGGAGGAGAGUGUGUGUGUGUGUGUGUGUGUGUGUGUGUGUGUUUAAUGCUUAAACCAUCCUCUGGGCUUGGGGAGAGAAUCCCAAUCUGUAAACUGUCUUCCACUCCUCCCUUGCCUCUUUAGGCUUGUUGGUAACAUUUAAACGGAUAUCUUGAAAGUUUGUGGUUUUAUAGCAAAGUGCUGCAUCCAUGUUCUGACUUGGGCUUUAUGCUGGUGCCUUCUGAAUUUUUAAAUUACCCUUCUUUGUAUUAAAUACAUUUUGUAUAUGUUGUACAUUUUCCCUCCAAAAGCAAAUAAUGCACCAACUUUGGAGUUGUCAGGACUUGUAUUAGACCUGUUCCUUUUUUAUAUGUAUAUGCGCCAUUUCUACUAACAAAAGAUUCCGUGGAUUUGCAAAAAAUGGAAAAUCCAAGACUUUUUGUAUAAUUCAGCCAACUGAAACUUCUGAACACCUAAAGUGCUAUUUUGUGGAGACAAAAAUCCAAGGUGGUAUGUAGCUUAGAAUCAGCGUUUGAAUUGGCUUGCUGGAGAAACUUGCCUUGUCAUGGUGGUCCUUUCCUGAAAGACUUCUCAAUUGUUGUGGCAGAAGGUAAAACACAAGAUAAAGUGCCUCUUUAAAUGAAAAUAAUUGGAGCCAUAGAAGAAUUGAGGUUCCAGUUGAGGCAGCCAGGUAGAUCAUGAGGGUUCCCUGGUCACUCACGUCAAUCUUUUAAAAUCACUAUUUUAUGUGCCCCUUGAUGGAGAAUUCCUGAAUGGUGAUGUGCCAAACCAUAAUACAAAGAGAUUAAUUAAUUUGGUGCUAUAGCUUUGCUACACUCCUAGAUCAUAUUCUUUGGAGAACAUCUUAAAGCUCUGAUUUAAAAGAAAUCUUUUAUGGUCAGUGAGAAGGGUCUUUCUUAUCUUUGAGUAAUUUUAACAAGUAUUGGUAUAAGAACACAAUUGUGUCAGUUUCAUGCACAGGUUGCUGCAAAAACACAGAUUCCAAGUUUGGAGCCAUUGCACCCCACAAGGUUCCAUUCCUUUAGAAGCUGGAAGUGCUUGCAGCAGUCCACUGAUGCUCUGCCUUAUUUGUACAAUGGAAAGCAAUGCCACACUCCCAUUUUUAGUUUUUAAUCUUGUGAAAAGUAUUCCUCUGAAAAUGAUGUAACACGGCAGUCCAUUUAUUUUCAGUACAUUUGUAAUGUCCAUGGUUUGGCCCAAGGAAGUGUUAUGUCCUGGUCUGUGUGAUAUUUUACGAUGCUGUUCUUCCCCUUGCCAUAACUUGCAAUAUUGAUCACCUUACUGUAAAAGUUAGAAUAGUCUUGAUUUUACAUUUGUUGUAUGUGAAUCAAGCGAAGACACUUAAAAAAAGAAAAGAAAACCUUGCAUUUAAUUUUAAUGUUAGCAUUGGGUCUUUGUCUGUUGCUGGCAAUAGAUUAUGUGGAACCCAUGACUCCUGUGGCAUAGGUGUGUUGGUGUUUCUUUUUUAAUGGUAGCUCUGGUAAGGUUAAAAAACCAUAGUUAAAGUAAGUUUAAACAAGAUGAUAGCAUUUAUUGGCCUUUAAAUUAUUUCGGUUAUUUGAAAUUAGCAAUCCACUGCAUAUCAACCUGUCUUCUUAAAUCUUCAAGAAGUCGCUAACAAUUUGGACUAGCCCAGGAGUAGUUGAGGCGCAUGUGGUGGCCUCUGGUACCCUCAUGGAAUUGAGAUCUCUCACAAUGUGUCCAUAUAGGAACUCCGGAGAGUAGCUUGUGGUUUCAUGCUGCAUGAGAGCCUUCAUCUAAUUGUCUUGCCUCCUAGCGCUAGUAAGGACCGGGAACAGAAGUAGGAGACGUUAUGAGACAGAGGGGUUGCCAUCAGGAACCGUGGUUCAUUCUCACUUGACUAACUUCUUGGCUAAUUCUGACUUACCCAGAUUUCCAGUUACUAAUUGGAAUAUGUAAUGACUGAUAUGUACUGUCUUUGGGUGUUUAUCAGGCUAAAUUCAAUAUGUGUUGAUUGCCCCAGUUGAGAGCUGAGCCUUUCAUGGCCUCAGAAUUUAAUCUGGGCUUAACAAACUCACCAUAAUUGAAAAUAAACCCCAAAGGGCUAAUGUGCACCAGCUUUUGUGUUUUGGACCUGUUUUCAAUAAUGAGCCAUAGUUGAUGGCUUGAAUACGUGCGAUAAGGGUGCCUGUUGUAUGAAAGCAGGUUAACCUGGAAUAAUCAGAUCCCAGAUUCCUCCCUCCCCCGUCACAGAAAAUAAAACAAACCUGGUUUCUGACCACAGUGAACGUGUACUGGUUCGGGUAGAGAUACUUACCAUUUGAGCAUGGAUGUUUUUAACUUAAGUGAUCACCAUAUAUGUACUCCAUGGCAAUUAGGAGUAAAUUAACUCUGCUAAAUAGACUUGGAAGGGUUUUUUUUUUGGUAAGUGUCUUCAUAGCUGGAAUUAAGUACACCUUGAAAUGAUUUCCUUCUACACAUUCUUUUUAUCACUUUGCCAGAUUGGACAUGGAAGUAGGUGCAGGCUUUCAAUAUUUUUUUACUGUCUUCAGAUUUUAUUGCCUUUUGUGUAAUUUAAUCCCAAUCUGUUAUUUAAUUGUUACUGCAAUAUUAACUACUGUAUUUGACUAUGUUUAAUGACUUCGUUCUUU